GCUAACCAAAGUUUCAGUACGAGAGAAGGACGUGCGCGCGGGACUCCUCUUUUAAGUUUUGCCUGCCUGCCCGAAAGCAAGAUAGGGCGGACGAGUCUUUCGCUUGAAUUCCUAUCGCAGCACCGCCAAUAUUCAUAUGACUGAAACAAAGCUUCUGGGAGUGGUAUAUUUGGUCUCCUUGCCCUUAAAUUAAGGGUGUGCUUGCUCGGAAAGAGGUAUCUUUGCAGCCGGAAAGACCAGGAAGCGACCCUUUUGAAAGGGAAGAGGAGGCAGCACCCGCUUCUUUUAAUUGGCUUUGGUGUCCAGUCAUGGUGGGUCAUCACGACCGCAUGUUCAAAGUCUUAAUUAUUGGUGAUGCCACAGUUGGGAAGACAUCGUUAGUUCAGCGAUAUGCUAAUGAUCGUUUCAACAAGUACUACAGGCCUACGAUAGGAGUGGAUUUUGCUCUGAAGGUGGUGCAAUGGUCAGAGUCUGAGACAGUGAGGUUACAGCUAUGGGACAUUGCUGGUCAGGAACGUUUCUCAUCAAUGACUCGACUGUAUUACAAGGAGGCAUCAGCCUGUGUCGUCAUGUUUGAUGUCACCGAUUUUAAAACAUUCACCAGUUGCCAGAAAUGGAAACAAGAUGUGGACAGCAAGGUGAAACUGCAAGAUGGAAGUCCUGUCCCUUGUCUGUUAUUGGCUAAUAAGGUAAAUAAAUACUGACUUACUAAAACUUGUUAAUU